CUUUUUUUAAAAAGGUGUGUUUCUUGAUUGACAGAAAUUGCCUCUGUUAGAAGAAGCAUUGGUCAACUUAGACUCCAGUGAUCCAGCCAGGAUUUCGGCAAUUAUUGAUGAAUACUCUGAGCGACCAUAUUUGAAGGGUAAAAGUGCUUAUCAUGGGAGAAGGAAGCUGUGAAUAUGACAGGAUUGGUUGUCUGCAGCCAUUCAAUCACUGAAAAAGGCUUCUCCUACAAGUCUUAAAAUCUCUCUUAAAUCUAUCAUAGAAGGCAGGCUCCAAGGUGCUGGUCAAUGUCUGGUUCGAGAAUAUAGAAUGGUUUGUCAUGUCAUGCAGGGAAAGCUUAGCAAGGAUUUCUUUGAGGGUUGUAGAGCUAUACUGUUGGACAAGGAUAAGAACCCAAAGUGGGAACCUUCUCAAUUGGAUCUCACCAGUGAUGCUGUAGUCGAGGAAUACUUUUCAAAAGUAGAUGAUGAAGAAUGGGAAGAAUUGAAGCUCCCUGCUCGUUUCAACUUGCCUGGGCAUGCCAUUGCAAAGCUUUGAUCAUCACUUCCCACCUGCCAGUGAAGUCCAAUAUCCGAGGAGAGUAUUAUUUGAUAAUUUGAAGGUAGUUCAUGAGCUUGAGUUGGCUGAUGUUCAUAUAUGAAUAAUGGACAUAAUCAAAUAAACAAAUAUAAUCACAGCUUUGCAAUGGCAUGUAAAGGAAAUAUAGAGAUAUAUAAAUAAUGAGCAAAAAAAUGUAUACAUGCAUUUUCCUACACGGCACAGGCUGGUUGUAGACCUUCGAGACAUAGUAAGGAAACGAGUCAUGUGAAUUGUGAUGAGUUGGGAUUUGGUUUGCAUCCACUUUGAGAGGAUGACCUUGUAAUGGUCAUCUUUGAGGCCCCGAGAAGUCAUCC